AUGAAAUCCAUUACAAUCCAGUCAAUCGAAUUAGUGAAUUUUAUGUGCCAUGACAAUCUGAAAAUCGGCUUUGACAAGAUGAUUACAUGCAUUGGCGGAAGAAAUGGUAGCGGGAAAAGUGCAGUGAUGAUUGCUCUUGGAAUUUUGUUUGGCCAACGAGCACAGACCCUUGAAAGAGGAAGUAGUUAUGCUAAUCUUAUAAAAACAGGUGCAAACCAGGCUACAAUCAAGGUAGCUAUAAAUAACUAUUUGAGAUAUAAGCUAGAGAGGUAUGGAGACAAGAUAGUCAUAGAAAAGAAACUAAGAGCAAAAUAUACCAAAGUGUCAAUAUUUAAUUCAUAUGGAAAAGUUUUCAAUAUUGGAAAAAAUGAACUAGAAAACAUCAUUGAAAAGUAUGGAUUGAAAUUUGAUAAUCCCUUGAACUUUCUUACACAGGAGAAGAGCAAAAGGUUUCUAAAUGUAGCCCGACCUGAGGAUUUAUAUGAGUUUUAUUAUCUUGGGACUGAAUUUAAGAAUAUUGAAGAAGAGUUGCAGGAGAGUAUGAAUAUACUAGAGGAAAUGAAAAAGAAGGUAGAAGAGACAGCGGAGAAGCAAGAUAAUAUUGAAACAAAACUGCUGGUUCAAAAGAAAAAUCUUAGCUUUUUGGACUUUGAUUCAGAUGCAGCGCUUAGGCAGUUGGAAAUAGAAGAGAAGUGGUUAAAUGUUAAAGAUUUAAGAAGCAAGGUAGAGAAAUUAGACAAAACUAUUGAAGACAAUGAUAGACAGAUUCAUGAAAACGAAGAGGAAAGAAGAUUACUGUGUAGUAUCCUGCAGGAGGCUGUUCAAGAGGAAAGCAUCAAGGAGCUAGACGAAGAAUUGUCUAAGCUUAAAGUGCAGGCACAUGAUGUUUCGACAGAAUUGGCGGAAUAUGUCAUAGAAAGAGACAGAGCAGCCGAACACAUUGAAAAGAUACGAAAUAAAAGCAACAUCCGUGCACUUGAAAAAGAACUAUUGGAAUAUGAAAAAGAGCUAUUGGAAAAAAGAUCGCAGCUAUGCUCACUCGAAAAUGAAAGAGAGAAUGCGCUCAAGGCAUAUAAUGAUGAAAAGAAGAGGAAUGAAGAAAAUGAACAGCACAGCUUUAAUUAA